AAUUGGGCUUAAGCCCCGAAUGUUUUGUCAAAAGCCCCGAAUCUUUUAGGUUUUUAAAAAUAAUUUCAACUUUGUUUAAUUUCCUCUCAGUCUUUCUGACUGGAGCUGCAAAAAAUGAAACAAAAGCACAUACCGUGCGUGGUGGCGGACGGUAAUGCAUCGCGCAUCACUCAGCUUGUUUGCCAACUGCCAAUAAAAACUAACGAAGAAGAAUAUUAAUCUUCUUCGUCGUUGUCAUCAGGGGCUGGGCGGGCUAUUGUUACUAUAGUUACUACUAUUGUUACUGGCGGGCUACUGUUUUUCACCAGCUAACCGGCUGAAGUUAUGGCUGAAGUUAUGGACAUAACAAAGUUUUUUAUACGGAACACUAACAAUAAACCUCACCGGCCAGAGAGAGAUUCAGAAGCAGCGUCAGACGAACCGCGGACAAGUGUUACAGAUGAGUCAGCUAGGGAAGAGGAAGGACAGGCAGCACAGCAAGGGACAGCAGGUGGAUUAACUGCAGUUAGUGAUCUAGGGACUCUGGAAAGUGGCCCAAAGCAGGUUCAUCUCCCACAGUACCCCCUCAGCCAGUUUGGAGCUCAACAAAGAGCAUUUAACAAGGCAUGGUUUGAGCAAUUUAAAUGGCUGGAGUACUCUGUAACCAGAAACUGCACAUUUUGUUUUUCAUGUCGCCUAUACGGAAGGCAAAACAUUCGCGCUAAUAAAGAUGCACUCAGUUGCUCUGGGUUUUCAAAUUGGAAGAGGGCUUUGGAAUCCUUCCGGGAGCAUGAAAGAAGUGCCCUCCACAUUUCCACCAUGACAUGCUGGCAAAGUUUUAAAAGCACAAAAACUCAUGGGGAUGUAAUUGAGCAGCUGAAAACUGCUAUUGCAGCAGAAAUCUCAGAGAGGCGUCAGUACCUUCAUCGUAUUGUGGCAGCAACCACCUUUUUAGGAAAACAAGGCAUCCCAUUCCGGGGGCAUGAUGAGCAGGAAUCUAGCCAGAAUCAAGGCAACUUUAUUGAAUGUAUGAAGCUCCUUAAACAAUUUGACCCAUUUCUACAAAAAUAUACUCCCCCUUCUCAUACCACUUACCUCUCUAAUUUUUCCCAAAAUGAAAUGAUAACCAGCAUUUCACAAGAAAUCACAGAAAGCAUCAUCAAGGAAAUGAAGAUUGCAAAGAUGUACUCUGUGAUGGAAGACGAGGCCAGAGACAGAUACACAGAGCAGCUUGCAGUCUGUGUGCGUUUUGUUACGCAAAAGGGCAUAGUGCGAGAGUGUUUUCUUGGGCUUCGGAAGUUACAGGGCUUUGAUGCAAAGUCCAUUGCAGAUGAGAUAGAGGCAAUGUUACAGUCGCACAACUUGGGUGACCUACUGUGUGUUGCACAAGCCUAUGAUGGGGCAUCUGUCAUGAGUGGAGCAGUGGGGGGUGUCCAAGCCCGCUUUAGAGAGCGACACCCUGAAGCAGUGUAUGUGCACUGCUAUGCACACGAACUCAACCUUGUUCUGUGCAACACAUGCAAAUCUAUACCUGAAGCUACUGCAUUCUUUGAACUGCUGGAGAAUGUGUACACAUUUUUCAGCAACUCACUUGUGAACCACAACAAGUUCAUAGAAAUCCAGAAACAACUUGGAUUAAGGCCAUCUGAACUUGUGCAGCUCUCCACAACAAGAUGGGCGUGCCAGGUGAGGUCUGUCAAUGCUGUCUUGAACAACCUUUCUGCCAUUUUAGCAUGUCUCCGCAACAUGAACACAUCCAUGGCCCUAGGGAUCCAGUCAAAGCUCUGCAAGACAAAGACACUCUACAUGCUUGUGAUGUUUUCCAAACUCCUCGGCAUAACUGAAGGUCUACACCGGUACCUGCAGGGGGAAAGUUUGGACUUGGGCAAAGUAGUUCAGUACAAGACGGCAGUCCUUCAAACUUUGACAGAGCUCCGCACAGACUCUGGUGGUGAAGAUGUGUUCAGGAGGGCCAUGGCCUUAUGUGAGGCAAAUGACAUCCAGCUCCCUGUUGGUCCCAGGCAAAAACAAAAAAGAUAUGAUGGUUUUGUGGUGGAGUCAGCCUGUGGGUCAACCUCCAAUCUGACCACCUCAGAUGAAUUGAGACAACAGCUUUUUUAUCCAUGCCUGGACAGGAUGGUAGAGGAACUCACCCAUCGGUUUUCAGGUCUGGGAGAAGCACUUAUGUCAGGUAUUCAUGCUUGCAACCCAACCACAGAGACCUUUCUCUCUGAAGAAGCCCUCAAAAGCCUUGCUUCCCAUUACAAGAUUCAGUUGAAGCCAGAAUAACUCCUAUUGGCUAAAAGUUUCAUCAAUAUCAAUCAAUCACCUUUAUUUAUAUAGUGCUUUAAACAAAAUACAUUGCGUCAAAGCACUGAACAACAUUC